AUGAAGGUUCCGCAAUAUGUGAACGACUUCGAGCACCAUGAAAAUGUACCAAUGUUCUGUCCUGAUCCCUUCGAUGUGGACGUUGUAGAAACUGUCACCCUCACGGAAAGUGGAGAACCUCGUGUACUCCAGCCGAUCUCCAACGCCAGGCAUGUCACUCUGCGCGAGCGACUGGCCGCGCGGGCCAAGAACCUUCCCCUACCUCGGAUGCACAUCGGGGAGUCGCAGAGGCCCCACAGUAAGCUGCCCCAGAUCUAUGACAGGGUCGUUGGGCGGUUGUUUUCUCGUAGGCCGAGGGAACGCCCACUACCACCACUGCCAGCCACGCUCCCCAGACACGAUUGUGUGAUCUGCCAGAGUCCCAUCGCAGACAUCGAGAUCCAUGCCCCGUGUGGGCACUACUUGGACCCACAGUGCCUCGUCGCUCUGGUGGAGGCGUCGACGGGGAAUCAGCUGCAAUUCCCUCCUCGCUGUUGUCAGCGGCCCAUCCCCUUCACCCAGUUUGAGCCCUACCUGUCUCCUUCCCUCGCAGCACUCUACUCAGAGAAAGAAGCGGAGUUCAGCACCCGCAGACGUGUCUACUGCGCGAACCCGGUCUGCAGCCGUUUUCUUGGACCUCGCACGAGAGGCCCUUCCUUCCGCAUCAUCUCCUGCCCGUCGAGAUGUGGCACGCUCACCUGCAAUUGCUGCCGCGCCGCCGUGUCCAACUCGGAGCCUGCGGCGCACCGCUGCCGCCACGACCGCCGCGAGAGAGCCGUGCUCGCGCUCGCGAGCCGCAAGAAGUGGGCGCGGUGCCCCGCGUGCGAGCAGGUGAUCGAGCUGCACAGCGGGUGCUACCACAUGACGUGCUUGUGCGGGCAGCAGUUCUGCUACCUCUGCGGGGCGCCGUGGAAGACGUGCGCGUGUGUGCAGUGGGAGGUGGUCCAGCUGCGCGACGUGGGCGAACAUCUGGACGUGGGACCGGAGGUUAGGCAUCGGGCGUCGGGGCGCGGGCGGAAUGAGCGCGCGGAUGUGUUGUGGGAGGCACCUCGCCCUGUUGUUUGUGAUGAUCGACUUCGACCAUGUCCCGAAGUCGUCCGCAUUGCGUCGGAGAAAAGGCCUGCACCGGAAUUUGUGGAGAACGAUCCUGAGACUUGGGACGCAAGUCUCGUCGAUGAUGACGUUGUGAUCCGAGGAUUAUUGGCGCAGCAUCGGCGGAGGAAAAGACGAAGGGUAAACACGCAGGACGAGAACGUGUAUAUGGCUUCUGUCUCUGGUGGGCAUUAUGAAUAG